AUGGAACCAGAAAACCAAACAGAAGUCUCAGAAUUCUUCCUCCUGGGACUCUCUGAAAAGCCAGAGCACCAGCCCCUCCUCUUUGGGAUGUUCCUCUCGACAUACCUGGUCACCGUCUUUGGGAACCUGCUCAUCAUCCUGGCCAUCAUCACCGACUCUCGCCUCCACACCCCCAUGUACUUCUUCCUCUUCAACCUAUCGCUGGUUGACAUCUUCCUGUCUUCCACCACCGUGCCCAAGAUGCUUGUGAACAUCCUGACUCAGAGCAGAGCCAUCUCCUUCACAGGAUGCCUUACCCAGAUGUACGCCUUCCACCUGUUCGGCACCAUGGACAGCUUCCUUCUGGCCGUGAUGGCUGUGGACCGGUUCACAGCCAUCGUCCACCCGCUGCGCUACUCGACCCUCAUGAGCCCCCGUGUCUGUGGGCUGCUUCUGGGGGCACCGUGGGUGAUCACCAACCUCCAGUCUCUCAUACACACCUGCCUCAUGGCUCGGCUGACCUUCUGCGCUGGCUCUGAAAUCUCCCACUUCUUCUGCGACCUUAUGCCCCUGCUAAAGCUCUCCUGCUCUGACACGCACACCAACGAGCUGGUGAUCUUGACUUUGGGCAUCCUCAUGGGCCUCAGCCCUCUCUUCUGCAUCCUCCUCUCCUACACUUGUAUCUUCCGGGCCGUCCAUGGGAUCCCCUCCUCCCAGGGCAAGUGGAAAGCCUUCUCCACUUGCGGCUCACACCUCACUGUGGUGUCACUGUUCUAUGGGACCAUCUUCGCUGUGUACCUCCAGCCCACGUCUCCCACCUCCUCCCAGAAGGACAAGGCAGCUGCCCUGAUGUGUGGGGUGGUCAUCCCCAUGCUGAACCCCUUUAUCUACAGCCUGCGGAACAAGGACAUGAAGGCAGCCCUGAGGAAGCUCAUUGGCAAAGUGGCCUCCUACAGGUCCUAG